CUAUUGCAUCUGUCCAUCUUGCCUUUCUGCAGGGGAACUUCUUCCUAAGGGCAUCCUGGGUGGGUGUCACAGGCAGGCUCACAGGCCUGGCUUUCCCGUGCAGCACUGCCUGCCCCUGUCCCUGUCGUGCCUUCCCAUCCCACAGACCCAGCAGCUUUUCCCUUUGCUUUUCCAGGUGCCGAGGCCUCUGCUGGGGUGGCACCACCUCUCUCCCACCGACACCACGCCGUGCCACCCCCCAGCACCCAAUGCCUGGGAACUGCCUGCCCUCGCCUUGACGGGUGGCAGCGGGUGACACGGGGUGGUGUGGAUCCCCCAGCCGGCACCAGCACACCCCAUGGAGGUCCCCUGGGCCGCCUGGCUGGGGCUGAUGCACCUGGCAACCUGUCUGGCUGCUGGGCACGGCAUGGCUGGCAAGAAGGAGAUCAGCAUGGAUGGGGACCUGGUGAUUGGGGGCCUCUUCCCCGUCCAUGAGAAAGGAGUGGGGAGUGAAGACUGCGGCAAGAUCAACGAGCACCGGGGCAUCCAGCGCCUGGAGGCCAUGCUCUUCGCCCUGGACGAGAUCAACAGGGACGGGAGCAUCCUGCCAGGGGUGAAGCUGGGUGCUCACAUCCUCGACACCUGCUCCAAGGACACCUAUGCCCUGGAGCAGUCCCUUGACUUCGUCCGUGCCUCCCUCACCAGGGUGGAUGGUUCUGAGCACAUCUGCCCUGACGGCUCCUACGCUGUCCACGAUGAUGUUCCCACCGCCAUCACCGGCGUCAUCGGCGGCUCCUACAGUGACGUUUCCAUCCAGGUGGCCAACCUGCUGCGGCUCUUCCAGAUCCCCCAGAUCAGCUACGCCUCCACCAGUGCCAAGCUCAGCGACAAGUCCCGCUAUGAUUACUUUGCCCGCACUGUCCCACCCGACUUCUACCAGGCCAAAGCCAUGGCAGAGAUCCUCCGCUUCUUCAACUGGACCUACGUCUCCACUGUGGCCUCGGAGGGCGACUAUGGGGAGACGGGCAUCGAGGCCUUCGAGCAAGAAGCCCGCAUGCGCAACAUCUGCAUCGCCACCUCGGAGAAGGUGGGGCGCUCCAUGAACAAGAAGACCUACGACGGCGUGGUGCGGGCUCUGCUGCAGAAGCCCAACGCCAGAGUGGUGGUGCUGUUCACCCGAAGUGAAGAUGCCCGGGAGCUGCUGGCAGCUGCCCAGAGAGCCAACGUGUCCUUCAUGUGGGUGGCCAGUGACGGGUGGGGAGCCCUGGAGAGCGUGGUGGCCGGCAGCGAAGCAGUGGCAGAGGGAGCCAUCACCAUCGAACUGGCAGCCUACCCCAUCAAGGAGUUUGCUUCCUACUUCCGUAACCUCCACCUCUACAAUAACAGCCGAAAUCCCUGGUUUCGGGAGUUUUGGGAGCAGAAGUUUAGGUGCAGCUUCCACACGCAGGACUGUAGCCGGUACUCCCUCAAGACAGGCAAGUUUGAGCCCGAGUCCAAGAUCACGUUCGUGGUCAAUGCAGUCUAUGCCAUGGCUCACUCUCUUCACAACAUGCACCGGACAUUGUGCCCCAACUCCACCAAGCUCUGCGAUGCCAUGAAGCCCGUCAAUGGCAAGAGGUUUUACAAGGACUUUAUACUCAAUGUUAAUUUUGAUGCUCCAUUCAGGCCAGCAGACACCGAGAGCGUCGUUCGGUUUGACCGCUACGGCGAUGGCAUCGGGCGCUACAACAUCUUCAACUACCACUACGUGGACGGGCGGUACCGGUACCAGAAAGUGGGCUACUGGGCAGAGGGUCUCAUCCUGGACACCAGCCUCAUCCCCUGGGCUGAGACCUCCAUUCCCGUGUCCCAGUGCAGCGACCCCUGCAAGAAGAAUGAGAUCAAGAGCAUGCAGCCCGGAGACAUUUGCUGCUGGAUCUGCAUUCCCUGCCAGCCCUACGAGUACCUGCUGGAUGAGUUCACCUGCAUGGACUGUGGGCUCGGUUACUGGCCCAACGAGACCCUGAAUGGCUGCUACGAGCUGCCCCAAGAGUACAUCCGCUGGAAAGAUGUCUGGGCCAUUGGUCCCGUCACUAUCUCUUGCCUGGGUUUUAUCUCCACCCUCUUCGUUAUCGGAGUCUUCGUGAAGAACAACGACACUCCCAUCGUGAAGGCCUCUGGACGAGAGCUGUGCUACAUUCUGCUGACUGGGGUCCUCAUGUGCUACAGCAUGACCUUCAUCUUCAUCGCAAAGCCCUCCACCGGGGUGUGCACGCUGCGGCGCCUGGGGCUGGGCACGUCCUUCGCCGUCUGCUACUCGGCCCUCCUGACCAAGACGAACCGCAUCGCCAGGAUCUUCAGCGGCGUGAAGGAGGGGGUGCAGCGCCCCCGCUUCAUAAGCCCAACGUCACAGGUGGUCAUCUGCAUGGCCCUCAUCUCCUGCCAGCUGAUCAUCGUCAUCAUCUGGCUGCUGGUGGAGACCCCUGGCACAGGCAAGGAGACUGAGCCUGACAAGAGGUACAUUGUCACCCUCAAGUGCAACAACCGCGACUCCAACAUGCUCAUUUCGCUCACCUACAAUGUCCUCUUGAUUGUCCUCUGCACGGUCUAUGCCUUCAAGACACGGAAAUGUCCCGAAAACUUCAACGAGGCCAAGUUCAUUGGGUUCACCAUGUACACGACCUGCAUCAUCUGGCUGGCCUUCCUGCCCAUCUUCUACGUGACCUCCAGCGACUACCGUGUCCAGACCACCACCAUGUGCAUCUCAGUGAGCCUCAGCGGCACCGUGGUCCUCGGCUGCCUCUUCACACCCAAGCUGCACAUCAUACUCUUCCAGCCGCAGAAGAACGUGGCCAGUCACCGCGUGGGCACCGCCCGCUUCAGCGUGGCAGCAGCCAGCUCCAGCCAGUCCCAUGGCUCAGCCUCACCGUACGUGCCCACGGUGUGCAAUGGCCGUGAGGUGGUGGAUUCCACGACAUCAUCCUUGUGAAGGACGGGGGCCAGGCGGUGGUGCUGCCACAGAGCACCCCCACUGCUCCCCCAGGGAGAGCAGGGCCCGCAGCAUGGCCCAGCGAGGUGCCAGGUGCAGCCAGGAGGCUCAGCCCCUGCCCCAGCACGAGCUACACAUCCCACAUGUUGGGUCAUGAUAUGUGUCACCCUUCCCUUGCACUGAGCCACGUUACAGGUACCCUGUGCUCCACACCCUGCACUGAGCCAUGGUGAACAUCCCUACUCCCUGAGCCACAGCGUACAUCCCCACCCUCACACCGAGCCAU